CUCUGGAAGCAGGCGAAGGACUCAUCAUGGCUCAGAAGAUGAAAGACAUGGGCUCUGCCUUCAUCCAGCAGCAGCAGCUACAUGCUGCGAUGGCCGACACCUAUCUGGAGCACAUGUGUCUGCUAGACAUCGACUCCGAGCCCAACGUGUUCCGCAACACAGGCAUGGUCUGCACCAUCGGACCUGCCUCCCGCUGCGUGGACAAGCUGAAGGAGAUGAUCAAGGCUGGGAUGAACAUCGCUCGCCUCAACUUCUCUCACGGCUCUCACGAGUACCAUGCUGAAACCAUCAAGUUCAUCCGUGAAGCUGCAGAGAGCUUCCAGCCUGGAACCGUGGAGUACAGGCCCGUUGCCAUCGCCAUGGACACCAAAGGUCCCUGCAUCAGGACCGGUCUCAUUAAGGGCAGCGACACUGAGGAGGUGAAGCUGGUGAAGGGUGAGAUGCUCAAGCUGAGCAUGGACGACCAGUACAAGGAGAACUGCGACGAGACACACGUCUGGGUCGACUACAAGGACAUGCCCAAGGUGGUGGAGGCUGGCAAGCACGUCUACCUUGACAACGGCUCCAUCCGCCUCAUGGUCAAGAACGUUGGUGCUGACUUCCUGGAGUGUGAGAUUGAGAAUGGUGGUACACUGGGCAGCAAGAAGGGAGUGAACGUGCGCGGCGCCGUGUGGGACCUGCCCGCCGUGUCUGAGAAGGACACCAAGAACCUGGAGUUCGCCGUGGAGCAGGGCGUGGACAUGGUGUUCGCCUCCUUCAUGCGCAAGGCAGCCGACGUGCACGCCGUCAGGAAGGCCAUGGGCGACAAGGGCAAGGACAUCAAGCUCUUCAGCAAGAUCGAGAACCACGAGGGCUGCCGCAAGUUUGACGAGAUCAUGGAGGCUAGCGAUGGCAUCAUGAUCGCCCGCGGGAACCUGGGCAUUGAGAUGCCCAUUGAGAAGGUGUUCCUGGCUCAGAAGAUGAUGACUGGCCGCUGCAACAGAAUGGGCAAGCCCGUUAUCUGUGGCAUGCAGAUGCUGGAGAGCAUGAUCAAGAAGCCCCGCCCCACUCGCGCGGAGAGCACCGACGUGGCCAACGCCGUGCUGGACGGAGUCGACUGCCUCAUGCUGUGUGGAGAGACCGCCAAGGGAGAGUACCCCGUCGAGUCCGUCCGCAUGCAGCACAAGAUCUGCCGUGAGGCUGAGGCCGCCAUGUUCCACAGGCAGCUGUUCGAGGAGCUGCGUCGUACCUCCCAUCUGACCCGUGACCCCACUGAGUGCGUUGCCAUGGGCGCCGUCGAGGCCUCCUUCAAGUGCUGCGCUAGCGCAAUCAUCGUCCUCACCAAGUCCGGCAGGUCAGCUCACCUGCUGUCCAGGUACAGGCCUCGCUCCCUCAUCAUGGCCGUGACCCGUAGCGAGCAGACGUCUCGCCAGUGCCACGUGUACCGCGGCGUCAAGCCCGUCUUCUACAACAAGCCCGCGCACGACGUCUGGGCCGAGGACGUGGACCAGCGCGUCAUCUUCGCCAUGGAGCUGGGCAAGCACCGCAAGUACUUCAAGUCCGGCGACGUGGUGAUCGUGGUGACCGGCUGGCGCCCCGGCGCCGGUUACACCAACACCUUCCGUGUUGUUCUGGUGCCUUGAGCGCCACCUAUGGACUGAACCACUUCCCCGACCCCCCCAAACCCCCUUAACAAGAAUCCAUGAGACUCACGUGGUUCCACAGACAUGUGGAAUGUAAGGACUCUGACUCAAGCCUCCCAGACGACACGUGGAGGACGCCACUCCCUCAGUAACUGUGUAACUCUCCUCCCCACACCAACCAACCCACAAACCGGUGUGUCAUCCGCCCCAUCCAGACAAGCAACAGCGUUGGGCCAUCAUCAGCAGCGUGUGUGUGUGUGUAUGUGCAUGUGUGUGAGUGUGUGUGUGUCUACAGUGCGCUGGGAAUCGUGAAGACCCUGCAGUUCUGCAGAAGACCAGUGGGGGUCUCUCUUGACCUCUCCGCUCCUGCGAUGACCAGCCUCUCGGCUGCACGUGGCCUCUGGGCCGACUCAUAGACACUGACCACACACCGGGGGCCCAAUCACGACCGGAUUAUGUCCACCUAUUAAAGAGAUGACCA